AUGAAAUCAUUUAAAACCAUUUUAAAUUUACUUUUAAUAUUUUUCUUUGCGUUAAAACUUUCUUCAACCAAUGCAUUUCCAAACCUCGCCAAUAAAAGAUCACCAUCAGCAUUAGCAGCAUCAACAACAACUCCACAAACUAAAAUUCGUUCAGUUCUUAAUAACAAAGAUGACAGAAACAAAAGAAAAAGAGAUUAUUUACUUCAGAAACGUCAAUGCUUAGGAGGAGCUCCUUGUGAUGAAUGUUGCACAGCGGCAGUGUUACCACCACCAAUUAGCCCUUGUGGUGGACCACUGCCAUGUGGUGUUGGGCCAUGCGGUGGGACUUGUGGUAGUGGAUCUUGUAAAACACCAACUGUUUACUCAAAUAAUUGCGGAGGUCAUAAUGAAUAUCAAGGCUCCUAUGACAAUUGUAAUCAAUUACAAUCUUGCGAUGAAACUCAACAGCAAGUUUGUUACGAUAAUUGCCAAGAAUCACAAUAUAAUCUUAUGAUGUAG